CUUCCAUCGUAUUGCACGAAAAAUUCAGAGAGACAACAUCAUGGAGGAAAGUGUGGAUAAAGAAAUCGAAAAAAAUGCUGUUCCCAAUUUAUUAUAUCCAGAAUUGAUGUCAGUUGGCGAUUUGAUUUCAGUUUUAGAACAAAGAUACAUACAAAAUGAAGACUUGUCAUCACUAUGCAAGGAAGGCUUAGUAGACCUCUAUUAUAGAUAUGUUUUACCACUUCCUCAGAGGAAAUAUCGUAUGAACAGGCGGGGACGGGAGAUGACAAAGAAACAGAUCAUAAUGGCAAAGAAGAGAAAGAUCGCAAUCAAUGAUGAUAAUGAACCUCCAAAAAAGAAAUCAACUGUGGAUUCAAAUUCAAGACUUAUUUCAUCCUACAAUAUUUCAUCUGCUGCUAGUGAUCGACUGAAGCCACCUCCAUCUUGUAUUGAUUUUACCAAGAAGAAAAUUUCAUUAGGUUCUAAAAAUAAAACUGAGGAGAGUUUAACAGCAAAGCUUGAAAACACUAAUUUAAAUAAUGACAGUAAAGAAAGCAAAGAUACGCGAACACUACGAAAGAAAAUUAUAAAAAUUACAUUAGAUUCAUCAUCAACAGAGAAUGACAAAAAUGUAUCCCCUGACAUGCCAAAGAGAAUUAGACUCAACUCAUCAUCAUGUAGUGACGUAAGUGAAGAAAUUCAGAAAUCUAAGAAAGUUAAAUUAAAUUCACCAACUUCUCCAAAUAAAGCAGCAAGUUUUCAGUCAUCUGUCAGUCUUAUCAACAAACACUUGGGUGGAAAAACAGACGUAAACCAUAAAGAAGAGCAGACUACAGUCAACAAUAAAUCAGAAAAUACAAAGCCAACUACACCAACAGAAGAAUCUUCAAAGAAGAAGUCUAAGAUCAGCAGAGUUUCAUGGCCAUAACAACUUACAAUAUAAACAUAGAAACAUAACAUUAUAGUUGGGUUCAAGGUUAUAUAGUACUUAUUUUUUGCAAUUUGCUUGUUGUGCUUGGUAAACUCUAAGGUCAUUAUAAAGCAAAGGACACUUUUGGAAAGAUAUAUGUAUACAUAUAAAUGAAUUUCAUUACUUAUGAAGUGAUGUUCUUCUUUAAGCAACCUACCUUAAAUAAACUAGGACUAUCUUUGUAUAUGCAGCACCAAUGUUUUAAACAAAAUUAUUAAUAAGUGUCCUAAAGAACUUACUUAAAUGAAAACUUACCUAAAAUGUGUUAGAUAAUGCAAAAUAUAAACAGUAGAAAUCGAAAGUCCUUGUAUGUAUUUUUCAUUAACUGAGGAAUAUAUAUAUAUGACUAUUUUAUCUUUGAUUUUAAGCUUUUAUUUGCAUAAUUUUAAUUAUUUUAUUUCAAACUCCUUUGUUUUUCAUCAUGUGUUUGAUAGUCAGAUUGUUAAAUUGUUAUUCUUAUAUCUUGUUAAGUCAUUUUAAAUUCAGGGGAGUGACUGGAUUGUUGUCAAAAUAAUGGAACUUUAUGUGACUGUCUAUAAGUGAGAGGUUAAGUCAGUUAUAAAACAAGGUUUUAUCAACCAUUUUCUGCAUAGGAAGAACAUACCUGUUCUAAGUCACAAAUAUGACAGUCGUUAUCAAUUUGUUUGAUGUGUUUGAGCUUUGAUUUUGCCAUUUGAUGAGAGACUUUCUGUUUUGAAUUUUCUUCUGAGUUCAGUAUUUCUGUUGUUUUACUUUUAGAUGAAUGUUUGCCUACAUACGUAAAUUUAAAGAACAUUAUUAUAUAAUAAUAGUAUGAAUGAAAAUAUCACUUAGCCAUUUCAUUUCAGAUUUUUAUUAGAGACAAGUGUUUUGAAUAUGUUGAAAACAGUUUUGGUUUACUUCCUUUUUCACAUCAAAAGUUCUUUGAAAAUUGAGUACUUUGCAGACAUUAAAUAACUCUAAAGUUUUUACCUAUAUAUUAUAAAUAUAUCAUGGUCCUCUACUUUUCAAAUCAACAUGAAUGGUUAAGCUCAGUCACUUGUUAAAAAUAGAAACAUGUCCACAGGGGUCGAAUUUAAGCUUUUUAGUGUACUGGCCAGCCUGACCAGUGUACUUACAAUCUACUGGUCCGGCUAAAAAUUUACUGGUCCUGCAAAAAUGACAUUCAUUUGAUAACCACUAAAAGAUAAGACAGAUGUUUAGUUUUAUUUUCCUCAGCUGCCUUCCUCUUCUUUAAUUCCAGUAGAUUUUUGUGCUGUUCUGUUUGUUCAUGAGCAAGUACAAAAUAUUACUUAAAAUUUGAAGAUCCCUUUCCAAAAAUACAUUUCUCAUCUAGGUAUAUCACUGCAAAUUGUUCACAUGUUUUACAAUGCAUUACAUUACGACCGACUUUACAAUUUAAGCAUUCGAGAACUUUUUCCAAGGAUAUUUUAUAUUUACGCUUCCUUUUGUCAGUUUGAAAAAUCUUCCUUUUGAAUGUCGCUUAAUUGAUUAAUUUGUUUUGCCCGGCGUUUUAACUCCAUCCAAAAAUUUCCACAUAAUUUUGUGUUGUUGGGUAGUGCGCCCACCUGAGAUAUUAAUUAAAUACUUUUAAAAUAGUACCCCCAGUACCCUAAAAAUAAUUUCUUAGGUUUAUUUUUUGGUAAACAAACCGAGAUAGAGAUGCAAUUAGUGAUUUUAACGAAAAAUUUCUACUGGUCCACUUGACCACCAGAUGACAUAAUCUACUGGUCUCGGACCACUAGACCAGAGCCAAUUUCAAUCCCUGCAUGUCCAAUAUCACUACACCAAGAUUUUUGGUUUACACAUCACUUUUGAGUUCCUCACUUUGAGGCAUUUUUAGACACAUUUGUGUCAGAUAUCAGAAUACAGAAAAGGUUAACUUGCUGCCACUUCCGCUGCAGUGGGGGCAUAACUAUCAUUGUAAAUUCUAAUGGCAUUGUUGGUUUACAUUUCACUAAAAUUUGCAUUGAUUAACCUCACAUUUUUGUCUGUUUUUGAACUUUAAUAAAUGCAGCAUUAUUUCUGUAAUUUACUUUUGAGUAUUUUUUUAUACAUUGUAUUGUCACACAUUUUCAUAAACUUGUUGUAAACAUUUAUUGGUUGAGGUUUAUAAGAGAACAUUAUUUUUAUGUCAUUACCGGUAAGAUAAAUAUUUAUUAAUAUGUAUAUUUAUUGUAAUUUUUGGCCAAUGUAGUUACUUUGUGUGAAACACAUAAAUCAGUCAAUAUAUGGUGCAGCAUAUUUUUAUAAAAUGAAUAAAUGAUAUUUCCAAUAGGA